AUGGUGUUCAUUGACAUGGAGAAGGCCUAUGACAAAGUCCCUAGAGAGGUUCUAUGGAGAUGUUUGGAGGCUAGAAGAGUGCCUGUAGCGUAUAUUAGAGUGAUUCAGGACAUGUAUGAUGGAGCUAAGACAAGGGUUAGGACAGCAGGAGGAGAAUCGGAUUACUUUCCGGUUGAGAUGGGGUUGCAUCAGGGAUCAGCACUUAGCCCGUUUUUGUUUUCCCUAGCGAUGGAUUCUUUGACACGUCACAUUCAAGGGGAGGCGGAACACCUGAUAACUUUUCGAAGUGCGGUGGCCAAGACCCAGAUUGAUUAUCUACUUCUCCGGAAAUGUGAUAGAGGUUUAUGCACGGAUUGCAAGGUCAUCCCGAGUGAGAAUCUUAUGACCCAGCAUAUGGUUUUGAUUAUGGACUUAGAGAUCAGGUGGACGAGGAAGAGGAGGGCUAUGUCUGGUAUACCUAGGGUCAGGUGGGGUGCAUUUACUAAGGACGAGGCCCAGGAGUUGGAGAGAAGUUGCUGGCUAUGGGGGCCUGGAUGCACGGAUUGCAAGGUCAUCCCGAGUGAGAAUCUUAUGACCCAGCAUAUGCUUUUGAUUAUGGACUUAGAGAUCAGGUGGACGAGGAACAGGAGGGCUAUGUCUGGUAUACCUAGGAGAGGCGGCAAGAGAGGUGUUAGGGGUCUCAAAGGGUUUUCUGGUGGCCAUAAAAGGGACUGGUGGUGGAACGAAGAGAGGCAGAAGAGUGCUAACAGGGAGGGGUAUAAGAAGGCUAGGAAGGAGGCGAAUUUGGUGGUUAUUGCAGCUAAGACCGCCGUAUUUAGUCGUCUAUACGAAGAAAUUAGGGAUAAAGGCGGGGACAAGAAGUUGUACAGGCUAGCGAAGGUGAGGGAGCGGAAGGCCGGGGAUCUGGACCAAGUGAGAUGCAUAAAAGAUGAGGAGGGAAGAGUUUUAUUGGAGGGGGCACAGAUUAGGCAGAGAUGGCAAUCUUACUUCCAUAGGCUCUUGAAUGAAGAGGGAGGUAGGGGAAUUGUGCUGGGGGAGUUGGAGUACUCAGAGCGGCAGCGAGAUUUUGGGUACUCUAGAUGUAUACGAGUGGUGGAGGUUGUAGGGGCUAUGUGCAGGAUGAGUAGGGGUAGAGCGACGGGGCCGGACGAGAUCUCGGUGGAAUUCUGGAAGAGCGUGGGUAAGGAGGGCUUGGAAUGGCUUGCUAGGUUAUUUGACGUCAUUUUGGGACGAAGAAGAUGCCCGAAGAGUGGAGGCGGAGUACGAUGA